UCAAUUGGUGGAUGAGAAGAACCCAUGAAUCGACAACCGUAAUCACGAUUAGCCAACGGCAAAGUCCGCUUCGAUAGAAGUACGUCGCGUCGACGACUUGUCAGAGAGAAAGUAAAAUUCUAAAAAGAAGCACCAAAACCACGGGGACUUUUUAUCGUGCGAUGAAAGGCGGUUGGCAAGGCUGCUGAGAACCGUCUGCGUCGUGUGUCAAAACAUAUGACGAUAAGGCGAGGAUUUUGACGAACCUAGAAAUUUGUAACAAAAAUUUGUACAAACGUCGGCAUAGCGGGUAAUAAAAACCGACGACAUCGAAGGGUCGAAACAGCGAGUUCGUCGAGGGUGCGGCGGACCUCGUCGAGCGAAAAUACCUGGCUGGCAUAGGGCUGAAAGGUGCGCGGAGGUACGUAGCCUGACUUGACUCAGUUUUCUCGUGUAUCUGACGUGUGUGGAGGUAGGUAGAUAGGUAGGUGGACAGGUAGAUUCAUAGGCAUCACUUCUCGUCGCACGCUUAUCGGAACACACCAUUAUUGCACGAGCAUCUCGCCGGCGGUGUCCGGAGCUUCGCUCCCUACCCCGGGUCGUCGGAAAUGUUAUACCGGACGAAAAAGCGUGCGGGAAACAAGUCAACCCGGUCCUAUACGAUGAUUGGUUGUCGGCUUUGAAAAUAAUUUAAAAAACGCGACAAAAGACGGGGUCCGAGACGACGACGACGACGACACACUGACAAUUAUUUUACGCAGCGAAAGAAUAAUAAGAAUAUCGAUAAUAAUAGAGAUAAAAGAAACGAUAAGAUAAGAGGGUAAUAAUUACCGAAUCGUUUAAUAUUGCAAAAUGUCAGAAAUCGACGCAGCACCGCCACCGGAAGUACCGGACAACCCUGAGAGCCGGGUAACUGUUACUCCUUCGACAUCAUCAUCGUCAUCAUCACCCUCGUCGAUAGCUUCGACGGCACCGACACCACCGCCCCUGCCACCUGUUCCACCAGUUAAUACCGUCAACGGCAUAGUCGGGGCGGAUAAUAAUCACGGACUUGCAGCGGCCAUUGGGCCCUUGAAUAAUAACAAUAUGAACAGGGCGAGGAACAACAAUAAUCAAAAUCCACUAUUCAAUGUUCGGGACAGGCUAUUUCAUGCCCUCUUCAUCAAGGCCGCCCUUGCCUACGCCAGAGCCUUCCCCAGACCUAUUCGACGAUUUAUUGAAUUUAUCGUAUUGCUCAAGGCAAUAACGUCAUUUUUCGUGCUGGCAUACAUCCACAUAGUGUUUUCCCGAGCACCAACCAACUGUUUGGAACACAUAAGAGACGACUGGCCUCGAGAUGGUAUUCUGAGAGUUGAGAUCCUCAGAAAUGGCGCUGAAGAUUAUACCAUAGAAAAGAGUUACGCCAAGGAGGAGAAGUUGAGGCAGGAAAAAGUCGAUGACCUCGCUAGCGUAUUAGGAAUUUUAGCUAGAGAUGGAUCAUUUUUGAACAUCGAACCUUCGACUGUCGAGGAAGACGCACAGGGAAAUGCUGAGGCGGAAAGCGAAAACGUUGCUAAGAAUUUCACGCAAACAGACGCCAACGUUGAAAUUGGAAGUCUGUCUGUUACUGGCGAUGUGCAAAGCCCGAAUUUAAGUACAACGAACGCGACGAUAAGUCCGCCAUUAUCAACGAAGCUGUGGGAUGGUCCAAGUAAUGCGGAACCGCUCGAGACAGGCUCCGAAGUGGUGGACGAAACGACGAUACCGCCUACGAACUCUUACGAAAAUGUUACCGAGGAUCAAUCGAACGAUGAAACGAAUGGCGAUCAUAUCAUUCAGCCAUUGAAAGGACAGGUUUCUGAAGUGGAGAAGAUAGUCAGAGCAGUUUUUCCAGAAGACGAAUACAUUGUCGAAUACUCGCUGGAAUAUGGAUUCCUGAGAUUAUCGCCAGCUGCACGACAGAGGCUUAACAUUCCGGUGAAAAUAGUCACCCUCGAUCCUUCGAACGAGAAAUGUUUCGGGGACGCCUUUUCCCGCCUUAUUCUUGAUGAAUUCUUAGGAUACGAUGACUUGCUGAUGGCCAGUAUAAAGACUCUCGCUGAACACGAAGAUAACAAGGGUUAUUUGAGAAACGUCGUGACUGGGGAACACUAUCGUUUCGUAAGCAUGUGGAUGGCUAGGACGUCUUAUCUUGCCGCAUUUUUCAUCAUGCUUGUGUUCACUGUCUCCAUCUCAAUGCUUCUUCGAUACUCCCAUCAUCAGAUUUUCAUCUUCAUAGUGGACCUCCUCCAGAUGCUCGAAUUCAACGUGACAGUAUCAUUCCCUGCAGCACCAUUGCUCACGGUUAUCCUGGCCCUUGUCGGAAUGGAGGCAAUCAUGUCCGAGUUCUUCAACGACACGACCACUGCUUUCUACAUAAUCCUAAUAGUGUGGAUAGCUGAUCAGUACGACGCCAUCUGCUGUCAUACAACCGUAACAAAACGUCAUUGGCUGAGAUUCUUCUAUCUAUACCACUUCUCGUUCUACGCAUAUCACUACCGCUUCAACGGACAGUACAGCAGCCUCGCUCUCGUUACGUCUUGGCUUUUUAUACAGCAUUCGAUGAUGUACUUCUUUCACCACUACGAGUUGCCGGUGAUUCUGCAACAGGCGCAGCUCCAACAGUUGCUCUUACGAAAUCACGGACAGCCCGUUCAACCCCCCACGCCGAGCACCGCGCCGACGACACCCGGCCCUUCGCCGACGGCGAGCCCUUCGCCAAGUCCCACCCCCGAGGGAACAACGCCCGCGGAAACAGAGCAGCAGCAAACGCAACGCAACUACGUUUCCGAGCUUUCGCAACUGGACCCCGAGCCUCCCUCAGGGCCCGAAGACGAGACACCUCCAAGGCGGAGAACUUCGGAGGAAGGGGUGCAUACAGGUAUCAUUGCAGAUGCUACAGUCCAAUCGGUUCAUCAACCGCGAGGACCGUCCUUAGAGAAUGGCGGUGGUGAGGCCAGUGCAGAAACCUCGACUUUGAGAAAGCCAGACGCCACCGCGACCUCUGGCGGUGACUGCUCAACGUCGGAAGAAUUCGAGGUCAUUGAGGCCACCAUAGACUCGCCUCAGAAAGACGAAACCGCAUCGUCGUCGUCGCAAAGUUCGAUCGUGACGACCGAUCAGCAGAUCAACGGAACAUCCCCCAAUGCUUGAAUCAACAACUCGUUGUAAUUUCCCUUCAUUAGGAAAGAUAAAAUGCAGAGGAAUGGAAAAUGGAAUCCACCUAACCGACCUCUGCGUCCCUGUUUCGAAGGUUAUAUCAAUUACGGAACAUUGGUAAACGUUUUGAUGGUCUACGUUCUGCAAGGUAAUCAAGAGGCUCGUUGUUAAUUUCCUUUCAGUAUAAAGGUAGAAGGAGGACGUAGGUAGACGAAAUCAAUCGAAGAAGAUGCAAAGGGUUUUUAAAGAGACUACACAUCAAAGACGGCAUUUUUUUUUUUUUUUUGUCUACAGUAUACACACUUUUUAUUUCUUCGUCUUAUCAUCGUAUGGAACUUGAUUAAAGUUGCGGGUCGAUAUCUUGCAGUCAAAUUCAGGUUAACUAACUGUUACCUAUAGAUGAUCUUUGGUUUUGAUCUCGAAUAAUUUCGAAAAUCUAUCUCAGCCAAUCGAAGAGUGUUGAUACGAUCAUCUUAGGUAAAACACUGUACAGAAAACUUUGACAAAUAGCUUAAAUAAAUGUCAAGUAUAAUAUAAAUAAUAAUGACAACAACAACAAAAACAAUAACAAUAAUGAUAGUAAGAAUGGUAAUCUUAUUACGAUAAUGGAGUAAUGUUGAUAAUGAUGGUAGGUAAAUAAAUGAAAUAAUAUCUAUAAAUUAUUAAUAUUAAUUGAUGUCAAUAAUUACGAUGAUGAAUAGUUAUCCAUGAAAAUAAUGGUAAUAAUAAGUCUUAUCAUUAUAUGUAUAUUGAUAUAAUAAGUAUACAGAUUUACACAAUGCAAUUCAAUCCGCGAUUUACGUAGAUAUAGUGAGAAAUAAAAGUUCCGUAAAUGGAAUGAAGCUCGUCACUUUGACUUACGUAAUACCGAUAUUACUGAUUACGAGUGAAUGAUUCACAGUUUUAUGGCACCUUUAUCAUGAUGAUAAAUCACUUGAUUUCGGACAUUUCCAUCUGGAAUAUUCACCAAGGAAUUGGUCGGUCAAAAUUUGAUUAAAACUUUUUUAAUUUCAAUCAAUUUAACCUGUCUUGUUUUCGUUUCUUAAAAUCUGUCGAUUCAAAUAUUUGGAUUACUUAAAAAUAAAAGAAAAUAGUACGCAAAUUUCCAAAAGUUCGUCAGCGUCCACUUGUUCGUAGACGAAGGUGAAUUCGAUACAGCUUGAUCGUGAACAUUUUUUCAUCGACAUUCUGAUAAUUUUUUACAUUCAAUUCCACCCCCCUCAUUCUAUCUUUAUCUAUUUACUAUAUUAUGUAUAAGUUACAUCUUUAGACUUAUACGAAAAUAAAUAUAUGAUAUAUUGAGAUAAAUCAACGAUACGUGGGCGUAAAAAGAGAGUGAGAAUCAUUGAGUGACCGAAUCUGUUUUCUCCACGCAUCUGACCGUGCAACGCAAUGGAUCAAACCCUCAUCGGUACUACCUAGAUAUUAUUUGUGAUACGUUUACCACUUACGAUUAGGAGAUACAUAUAGCAAGUAUAUAUAGACAUGUAAUAUGUAUGUAACGCGUAUGAAUUCUCACGUCAGAAAAUCCCUCGCGUCGCCAUACGUUGUUAAUCUCGAUGGAAAUUGAGAUGAAAAAUACUGAACGUCGUCGAUACGGUAUUUGUACGCGUAGCUUAAUAGCCGCAUAAUAUAUAUUCCUACAUUCGCGUGCAAAUCGCUUCAUUCGGAUAUGUCAACUAUAGGUACUUAUGUCGUAUGUAUGUAUGUAUGUAUGUAUGUAUGUAUGUAUGUAUGUAUGUAUAUUUAUUGUUUAUCGCCUUGACUAUGUUGGCGAUAAUGGCGACGUGACGAGUGAGAAUCUACAAGAGGAAUUAAAUUUCGGGCUUGAAUAAUUUCCCUGGCCGUUCCUCCAUAAACCGAACUUAGGUACGUUUUUGAAAGAGUCGUACAAUUUUUUCUGCAUUCGCCAAGUUUUUCCUAAAAGACGUUCACAAGCUAUGCGAUGUGUAACAAAAAAGAAACGGUCACAGCGGUGGGACGGCGACGGACAAUUAUGGUCAAUUUUUAAACCCGCACUGAAUAUCCUCUGUACCAUAAUAUUUGCCCGGUAUUUGUUAUAUUGGUUUCGAAAUCUGUUUGGUUGUACAUAAAUUAUUGUAUAGUAUACAAUAAACGCAAAGCUUUUAAUACCC